GCUGCAGAAUACGAUACUCAGCUUGACUCAAAAGAGACACAUAAUUUCUGGGCAUCUAAUGGCUGGACUCUAACCAAUAGGGAUUUUGAAGGUGCUGAAGAAGUGCAGCUUAGUAGCUAGGGAACAUGUCUAAGAGCAAGUACUGGAACUUCCAUCUUUUCUGUGGAUUGUCUUCCCCCGGUGUAAAAUACAUAAAUUGCUUUGGGAAUGGAGCCCAAGUCAUCCUUUGUUGUGUGGUGGAAAGAUGUAAGGUGCGUACAUGAGCUAUGUAAUUUGAAGGUUUGGGUGCUUUCCUUGAUGGGUGGACUUUAAAUCUGCAGGACUAACAAAGCCCAGGUUUCAAUCUAAGUACCUCCUCUGACAGUCCCGGAAUAAGGCUACAAAGCUCCAGCACCUACCCAGGAUGUGAUUUAUUGUUGUAAAUGAAAGAAGGGCACUGCAACUCUUUACGUUCUUGAAUACUCUUCACCAUUCUCAGGGACCUGAAAGAAAUACUAUUUCUAGUUUUUAGAAGACUAUUUUAUACUUCCUUUAAAAAGGAUAGUCUUGGCUGAUGUACUCAUAAUGGAAUAAUAAUGACAGCUUGACAUGGGCAAAAACAUUAUAUGUAAUCCAAAAUGAGAAGUUGUCAAAAAGUAUAAUGGACAGCCAGCAGUGAUGUAGCUGAUGUAGAGACCAGACCAUUAAGUAUCUUGAAGUUUAAACUGAGCAGCCCCACUGUGAAACAUGCUUGAAAGCCCCUAGUAGAUUGCUAAGGAGACUUUGAAAGUACAUGAGUGUAAAUUAAGAAAAAAUGUUAAUUUAAAGUACAACUUCUGAAUAGUAACACAAGCAGACCCUCAGAUACCACUCUCACCUCUAAUACAACCAUUAGUUCUUUUUUGUACUGCUGUUCUUUUGUUCUUCUCCCUGGUGAAAUGUCACAGCACUGUUCACAGUGCCCAGCGCUGUCACUUUUGUGACUGGGACCUGGAGGAGGUGGCUGAAGCUCUCAGUUACCUCCUUGAAAAAUGUACCAGGUAAUUACUGAAGUCUGUACCUGAUUCUUGGUUUUCUGACCCAUGUUGGAUGGUGGCAUUAUUUUCCUUUUAACCCUUUUUGCCUCUUUUUUAACGUAAGAAGACAUGUAAGUCCACAUUGUCUGCUUUAGACAGUGAUCCUUUAAGAUGCACACUUACUUAUGCCAUGAAUAGUGAGUGUGGAUGACCACAGUUAAACUGUAUACAUUAAUCCCUUGGAAGGGAGUGCUAGUGAUGUGAAGAAUCUGAGAAAAUCAGGCCUUGCAACAAACUGCUUAAAUGUGAAUUGAGGUGUUGUCCAACUUUAAGCAUAUGCAUACGAAAAAUGUGUUUCUGCUCUGUCCUAAAAGUAGCAUAAGUGGUUUAAGGAAAAAUUCAAAACAGAUCUCAAAGUUCCAGCUGCUCUAGCAAGUAGUAAGAAGAAUCUUUUCCUCUGUAUUUGCUAUUUAUUUAAAUUUUGAUUCUUUUACAGGGCAAGACGUGGAUUCUGGUGCCUAUUGGCAGCGGGGCUGUCUGCAGGUUCAUACUCGCACACCUGAAAUAGAACAGUUCAGUUUCUUGGCUGGUAUCAGUCUGAGCUGCUGAUGAAACACUUCAACACAGCCCAAGGCAAGCCUUGUAAAGAGUUUAUGGGAUUGUUAAACAGCUUAUAUUAAUGUCAGGACAUUUGUAUUCAGACUGAUCCCUUCUAUCUGGAGUUAGAAUAAGUCGCCUAGAAUAGAAUGGGGUAGAAGAAGGAACUUUCAAAGGAUCACCGAUGAGGCUAAGUCACCACGUGGAGCAACUCCCUUCUAUGAAGGGGAAGAAAAGGGAGCCUAGAGCAAUGGUAUUCAUAAUGUAGCUCUUGCAGUUACAUUUCAAGUUGGGGGGAGUGAAUCCAGGUCUUAAUGUGCAAGCGACAUUUGCUGUCUGUCCUACAGCAGAAGUCCUUUAAAUAACAAUUGCACAUUUAGACUGGCUUUGAUCUCUUAAAGCAAGAAGGUGAAUUUAAAGACAAGCUUUCGGUUUAAUUUUUUUUCCCUGCUUGUAUCUCUAAAAUUUAGAAGUGGAAUUCUGCUCUUAAUUUAUAGCUUCCCCUCCCCACAGUUAUUAUUUCAGAAAUGUUUACAGGACCAAGCAUCUAAGACUGUGGCUGCCUGUCACCUCUCCCAGUCCUAGAUAUUUGUAGAUAUUUGUCUCUGGAGCAUGGAUCUUGUUUAAGUCUCUCAAUUUAUCUUGGUGAACUCUAGGCACAGCCGACAUUGCAGUUAAUUUAGCAAGUAACCAUGUGGACAAGCGUGGAAAGAGCUUGUGUGCCACUUUUCCAAUUACAUCAGGUGGUCUAAUAUCAGCUAUUCCCUCUCUUUCACGUCUCCUUAAAACAUCACCAUCACCAGGGCAAGACACGUGCCCAAAGUGACAGUCUCAGGAUCUUUGACAGUUUGGUACAAGCCCUGUGUGAUUCAGUAGAAGGUUUGUUUUAUAAGUUAGGGCAUAAGUAAUGGCAACCCCUUGCAGAGGGAGCUUUUCAUUGCUUCAUGGUCUUUAAAAUGCUGAUGGGGCUCAGUCUGUUCUCUGAGCAGAAGCUGGCGUCUAGUAGUGGGGACGAGGAGGCACCUUUUCUGACCUGCACAAACUGCUCCUGCAGGCCCAGGCUGCUGAGCCAGAUGGUUAAUGGCACCUAACAGAGAAGUUGGAGUUGAUGGGUUACAGGGUGGUUGGGGUGCUGGCCCCACCCGCUGUGCCAUGUGUGGAAUUGCCUAGCCCACCCUUGGACUUACUAGCCUGUUAGAAAUUACUGUGCUGGAGUCUCUGCCCCAUUGCAUGCCAUCAUGGCCAGGCUUGUGCCAUGGCUUUGCUCUUUCAAAAUGCAAAUGCAUACUGUUAGGGCAAAGCAGUUCUGGGUCUCCUCAGGCACUGGCUGGAGGAAAAGUUUCAUAUCUGACUCUUCUGGGCUGACAUUUAGCUAUGCAGGAUGUGGACUCGCUCUCCUUUCAUGCUGCCUGCCUUCACCACAAAUCACCCUACACACUGUGUAACAACUAUUUACAAGGCUGCAGCUCUAUGGUCUUGUCCUUCUGCUCCUGACAAAGGGAGGUGAGCCCUUCUCCCAGACAGGAUGGUUCCCAUGUGGAUAACGACAGUAUCGGGAAGGGCUGGGGCAUGCUGGGCUUUGAUGAUGUAACGGACUCCCUGCAAUUUUCGUUGAGAUCUGGUUGGCUGUGAGCUGGCAGAAAGCCUUAGAUACGCCUCCAACUCAGAUGAGGUCAUCCCUGCCUCUUUUGGGGGGAGUAGGGGGAGCUGCUUCAGAAAGUCUGUGGUGUCAGAAUGCUUAAGGUCAACAUGUGAAUUCCUCCACCACUGUAAAUUUCUGGGUGCAGGAGCCCUCUUCUUUCCCCUCUCAACUGCACCCUUUCUCAGCGCCACCACAGACUCUGCUUUCCCUUUAAAGAGAGAGGAGGAGCACAGGGAAGAUGCAUUUACCGCAGUGGAUUUUGUAAAUGACUCUCGCAUCCAGGUCAGAGGGAAGUGUUUGCUGGCAAGGCAUUGCAGAGCUGCCCGGACCUAACACGAGUGUAAACUAGCUCCAGGACAGAAGAAGCUCCAGACCCUGCCGCUGCCUGAAGUGAAACUACUCGCUCUGCCCAGUCGCUUCGUCCCUUCCCCGCCUUCCCACUGUGUGCCAUGCAGAGAUGCGUCCAGCCAGUAGAGGACGGGGUAGGUUUCACCGGCUGUCAGUAGGGGUUGCCUGGCUCGGGACGAGCUGAUCCCGAAAUAAGAACUGACCCUGGCUGAGAGCAGAACGCGCACAGCUGGGGGUCCCCUGCCCCGGCCCCGCGCCGUGCCUAGAAUCAGCACCUGCUCCUCAUCCUCCUCCCUCCGGUUCCGGCGCCGGGUAAUCCCGCGUUAUCUCCUGCGGAGAACUGCCCACUAACUUCGGCGCCGACGCCGGGUCUGCCGGCACGGUUGCGGCAGGAUGGGGGUUGCAGCAUCCCCCCUCUGCCCCGGGGGCAGCCAGCCCCCUCCUCUUCCUCCUCCCACCGCCGAGCCCGGCGCUGGAGCCCCUCUGGCACAGCCUCUUCGCCAUGUCCUGCCAGGGGGGGAGAGCCCUCCCCGGAGCGCCUGAGCGCGGACCGAACCCCAGCACGGCGGACAGCUCCCGUCCACCGGCGCGACGAGCCCCAGCACCGCGGACAGCUCCCGGCAGGCCAGGGCGCGCUGCCGGCGGUCGGUCUGUCGAGAAGGGCCCUGCUCGGGAGCUGCUCCGUGCCUUAGCGCACAGGUUCAUUGCGACCACCCACCUCUCUCACGGUGCCAGAAGAGGGCUUAUCUUUGGGCUCAGUCUGUUUGUCUUCUGUGGAUCGGGAUUUACAAGUGUGGACGGUGCCUGGUUACAGUGGUAUGUGAGUCUACAGACCCUGAGGUGCACUACAGAGUUAGAAAGAAACCUCGGAUCUGUCGUGCUGUGGAGGGGUCAGAAAAACCCUAUACAACCAGCAAAACCAGCCCAAGCCUUCCAGCCUCCCUGCAACCAACUUUACCCCCUCAACCACAAGAAUCCCCUCCUUUCAUCCUCCCUCCAUGCUCCUUCCUUCAGAGACUGUAGGAUGAGGCAUUUCCUUCUAUCUGGCUCAGGGUAAAAGCAUACCCUGGGGGCAGCAACACACAUCUGGCAGGGACUGAAAGGUUUUAAUCCAGCCUCUACUGCAAUCAACAAUGGCAAAUGAACCAGUGAUUCUGAAUGUUUAUGACAUGUACUGGAUAAAUGAAUACACCUCCACCUUGGGUAUUGGUGUCUUCCACUCUGGCAUCGAGAUCUACGGCAGAGAGUUUGCCUAUGGAGGGCAUCCCUACCCUUUCAGUGGGAUUUUUGAGAUCACACCUGGCAGUGCGGUAGAACUUGGCGAGACCUUUAAGUUCAAAGAAUCCAUUGCCUUGGGCACCACAGACUUCACAGAAGAGGAUGUGGAUAAGAUAAUGGAAGAGCUGGGCAAGGAGUACAAGGGAAAUGCAUACCACCUGAUGCACAAGAACUGUAAUCACUUCUCUGCUGCUCUGGCUGAGAUACUAUGCGGGAAAGAGAUCCCCCGCUGGGUGAACCGCCUGGCCUACUUCAGCUCGUGCAUCCCCUUCCUCCAGAGCUGCCUCCCCAAGGAGUGGCUGACCCCAGCAGCCCUGCAGAGCCACAUCAACCUCGGCCUCCAUAAGGAGGAGCAGGAAGACACAACGGAUGAGGAGUCCCCCUCCACCUCCACAGCCCCCUCAGCCUCAGGCACAUCGAGAACCUGUAGACAUACCCGGGUCUAAACUGUGCCCCAUAUGCCCUCAAAUUAACACCCUUCUUUCUCUUGUACUAUUUCUUUCUCACACCCUUUUGCACACCUUGGUUUCUCUCUUCUCCAACGGACAACACAGGAGUGGGAAGACCCUUUCUAUUAUGGAGGUGAAGCUUCAGUCCCUUUUCCAAGGGUUUCCACUAUAGUUGCUCAGCAAAAUGACUGUGAACCCCAGUGCUGAACUGAGGAGCAUGGCAACUAAACUGGAUUCUCUUCCCAGGGUUCCUUGAUCAUGCUCCUUGAUCAACAGAGAACUGCUGGCUCUCUUGGGCAUAAAGGCAUGCAUACGGGCAAGGGGGCACCAUACUGUGAUGUUCCUUCUCUGGAACUGUUUUAUCUUUUUAUCUCUUUCCCCACCCACGUGAGCCCAGCAGCCUCCUCCCUGUUUUGGCUGGGCUUGCCAUUCCCUUAUGACAAAUCUCCUGCCCACACCCAGUGAAGGAAGCAGAGCCAGAACUCAACCUGCUCAUCUCUUAGACCAGCAACAAGCUCCACUCAGCCCCAUCCACUUUGUAAUUAUCAGGUUUCUAACUCAUGUGAAGGACAAAUGGAAGGUGCUGCUGUUCUACAGCCACCAGUUUUCAGUACUCAAGUUUAAGAGCUUGAAUGACUGUCCUGCUCUUGAAAAUAAUAACAAAGAACCUAGAAAAUGAAUGCGUUACCAUGGCUUUUCUUUGGGUUCAAAAAGAGGAUGGGGCUAGUGCUUAGAGGCAGCUACUAAAUACUUGCAGAGAUGACUUUUGACCAUAUUGGUGCUUUCUGGCACAGACUCCUCUCAUUUCCCCUAAUUCUAGGCAGAAUUUCCCCCCAGAUUCCCUGGGGAAUCUCUCUUCUAGCUGACAUAUGCUGGCUGUCUUUGGGCCAGAGGAGGAGAGAGUAUCUGUUGGGAAGGUAUUUCCUUCAGCUUUUCCUCCUGCACCCACAGACCUAAAACUUGUCUCAGAGCCACCCGUCCCUAGUCUAUUUUCGAGCCAACCCAAGAAGAUAAAAUAAAAGCAGUGAACCCAAAGAAUGUCAACUGUUUCCUUCUCCUCCCUUUUUGGAGGUGGAGGGGGAAACUUAAGGGCACAUCUGGAAAGCAUGGAUGACCCUUCCAAUGCAUGGGACACCAUGGUGCUUUCCAUGUGUGCACUAUUUCAGUGGCAUGGAAAAUGGGCACUGGCCUCUCCAGGCUGGCUCUUGACAAUAAUCUGGUCCUUGCAUAUAUUUAUGUUCACUCUGACAGCUGAUGAGAAAGCAGAGGAGGAGGAAAGGACAAGUAUCCCAACUCUUCCACUCAGUUACCUCACUAGGAGUUCUAGUCACAAGAUGGAUGAGAGAAUUAAAGAGGAAAUCCAGGCCUCGUUCUCCCCCUUGCAACUCCUCUUGGCUACACAAAGGAGGAUGAAAAAGGAACAGGCACAGUGUUGAAAGGGGGUUGCCAUUUUAGAAAUCCUGUUUUCAACAGCUAUUACCAAGUCAGGGCUUCCAUCCUCCACCAAGAAAGAACUGCAAGCUCUUAAAAUGGGUGGCUGUUUCCUUUUAUUGGUCGCAAUAGCAUGCUAAGUCCAACCAGCUGUUUCUUUAGCUCAGGUAUACAGAAGUGUGUGCUUUCAGGGCUGAUGGUCUUGGCUAUGAUGUACAUCAUGUCUGCACAGAAAGUGCUUAAGGGUUGUUGCAUGUUCACACUCUCCACAGCAGAGGGCUGUGGAGAGAUGCAUGGAUGGAAAUAUAACUCACAGGAUGGCCUCACUUCACUGCCUCCUGAAGUGAUGCACAUUUGGGCAACAAAACCUUUACAAUAUGCCUCUCAUUUUCAUCCUCUGAACAAAUUGCUGCAAGUUCUGUACUGAACUGAAGUCAUGUUUUUUAUUAACCUUAGUUAUUCACAGCCAGUACUAAAUUGUGAGCAAUUCUGCAGCUCCUGGUAUUCAGUCCAGCACCAAUCUUGAUUACCCUUGCUUGUCCAGGGAUAUUUAAUAAGAUUUCCAUCCUGCUGACUGGAAACCACAUUACACAAUGUACUGUUGCACUCUGUAUUCCCUGAAGUCAUGGUCAUGCUGCCUAAACCAGCAGUGCAGGCUUCAUUUGUCUGAAGUUCCCAGGGUGCCUGCCAAUAGCCAACAGCACAUUACCUGCAGCGAAUUUUAAUAUCUCCUUUUAGGUCCUUCCCUGAAGAAAAGUGAGUUUUUGUCCAGAUCAGGGAAACUGCAGUCAGAAACAUCCAGUUCCUGAUGUGACAAAAGCCAGCCAGCCCUCACCCUGAGCUCUAGAUAAAGUACCAUGUAUGUAUCUAGGAGACAACUAGGGCUCCAGGGGCAUGUUUCACAUGGAAAACCUUCUCACCGUAUUUCCCAAAGUAAAAAAUGCUUAACUCACUGUAUGGUAACCUGGACAAGAAAGCUACAUUCAGCAUCCUUAGGGACAUGAAUAUGUGCUUGAAGUACUGGGAAGAACACUUGGGCAAGCUGGCAAUGUCAUACACCCCAGAUGUUUGUUCAUCUACUGUUACGCUUGUCUGUCUGUUUAUGGCAGUAGGGGUCACAUCAAGGAGGCAUCAAACCUCUGCUGUAAAUCAAAACCAGAAUAUAUUCCAAACUUCAAAAGCAUUUCUCCCCACUCCUCCCUGUUCAAAGUGACCAACCAACAAUGACAAGAACAAAGGGACACUGUGGAAAUAAAAUAUAUAUUGAUGAAAGCUUUACCUCUGUAAUUUAACAGCAUUUUAGAUUAUUAAACAUGAAGACAUUUUAAAAGCCUAA